AUGUCUAGACCAGAACAGCUUGCUCCACCAGAGGUUUUCUAUAACGAUACUGAAUCGUUUAAAUAUACCACGUCUACUCGUGUUCAACAUAUUCAAGCGAAGAUGACUUUGAGAGCAUUAGAGUUAUUAAAUUUAGCAAGAGACGAACCACAUUUUAUAUUAGAUUUAGGAUGUGGAUCUGGCUUGUCCGGAGAAAUAUUGACCGAAGAAGGUUACAACUGGGUGGGAAUGGAUAUUUCUCCAAAUAUGUUGGCGACCGGCUUAGACAGAGGGUUAGAGGGAGAUGUAUUUUUGAGUGAUUUAGGUAAUGGAGUACCGUUUAGAGCAGGUACUUUUGACGCUGCAAUCUCCAUUUCUGCUAUCCAAUGGUUAUGUAAUGCUGAUGUUGCCAAUGCUGAUCCUAAAAAGAGAAUGUUGAGAUUUUUCAACUCGUUGUAUGCAUCUUUAAGAAGAGGAGGAAAAUUUGUUGCACAAUUUUAUCCAAUGAAUGAUUCACAAACCGAAUCUAUUUUGGAUGCGGCUAAGUUAGCAGGUUUUGGUGGUGGUUUGAUCAUAGAUGAACCUGAAUCGAAACGUCACAAGAAGUAUUAUCUUGUAUUAACUGCUGGUCAGUCCGAAAGAAGUAUAAACUUAUCCGGAGCCCAAAUGGAUGCGCCACAAGCCAACAAGAAAGUGAACAAGAAACUCAUGAAGAAAUUAGAAUCCAAAAAGGAGUUUAUCAACAGAAAGAAGGAAACCAUGAGAAGAAGAGGAAGGGACGUCGCUCACGACUCUAAAUUCACCGCCAGAAAGAGACGUCCUCGUUUCUAG